AUUAAUAUGGCCAAUUGGAGUCUAUCGCUGAGAGGUCACCACUAAGCUCACGAGGAGCAUUUUAUAAAAUCAAUUUUUACAUAAAUUUAAAGCGAACGCGAACGAAACCUCCGCUCAAGCUCAAUUAAAUGCCAGUGCGAACUGGAUUUUGUGAGCGAUUCCGGUGAUAAGAUACUUGUGCGUUCCUUUAAAGGGUUGCUUUAGAGCAGAAACCCGCGAUUUCCGACCGUGUGUGUUAAUUGAAAGCCGCAAAAGUGGAUACCGAAACAGUGAAAAUCGAGGAUUUGAUGGACUCUGAUCCUGAAAUCGAGUUCAUUGAAAAGGACAGCGGCAUGUCGUCGUUAGGCGGCAGCAAGGACGAGACGCCGGAGCGUCGGGCAGUGGCCGCCACCUCCAAUGAGCCGCAACGCGAGAACUACGAUGAUGAGCCCGAUGAGACGGCAUCCGAGCGCUUCUGGGGCCUGACCGAGAUGUUCCCGGAGCCAGUGAGGAAUGCAGUCGGUGCCGUGAGCAGCGCCACGGUGAAGAGCGUCAAGGGCUUCUACUCGUUCUCGUGCAACGCCAGCUGGAUAUUCUUCACCAGCGCGGUUAUCCUGUUCGCCCCGGUCAUCUUCGAGACGGAGCGCGCCCAGAUGGAGGAGCUGCACAAGUCGCAGCAGAAGCAGGUGCUUCUUGGACCCGGCAGCGCGAUGGGUCCUGGAGGGCCGUCGCCCAGCUUACCCUUGAUUCGUUAACCAAGAGAGACCCCCUACCACAUACGCAUAUUAGCUCUACGAUAACCGGCAUCGGAAAUCCGGAAAUUGCCACACGUUAGCUUAAGUUUGUCGAUACCAAUCAAUCCCAGUCGAAAUCGAGCGGUGCAGGACGUCCAGCGAUACCCCCAAUAAGCAGCCACCCAUUAAAUGCCACAUGCCACUUCAAAGCGCAGCAUUUACGCAUCCACACUCUAUGAACAUCCGGCCCCAAACAAGGACGUCCUCAUCAAUCGAAACGAGCCGUUGCAAAACUUCAGAUAGGUGUUAGCAUUGCAGUUGGCGUACAGUGUAUAAACAAGCAACCACUGCGGUUUAAACCAAUUAAUAAAACUACGUUUAUUAAUAGUCAAAAUAA